CCGUUUUUUUGCUGCAACCAUUACUAACUCUUGUUAGAAUUGAAUACCUACAGCAUCAUGAAAGUGAUUAUUGUUUUCGCAGUUUUCUGCUCUGUGGCAUGUCUGGCCGACGCGCUACAAUGCUGGACGUGCGAAAAUGCCAGAAGUAAUGACGAAUGUAAGAGAAUCGGGAAAGUGAAACAGUGUCGUCCUAAUCAGCUAGCUUGCCAAACUCACGUACGAACCGACCCACAAGGAAUGCGAAUCACAAAAGAAUGUAAACAGGCAAGAGCAUGCGGGAACAACUAUAUACAGAACCCGAGAGCUGCAUGGUAUCCAAGUCAAUGUAAUAUAAACGUACAAGGAUCGGUAUGUAGAUGCUGUUGCGACUUUGACGAUUGUAACUUUGAAACACUGACGUGCCCACAAGGCAAUGAAUGUCCUGUGAUUGACUUGAAAAACGGUAGCAUGUCUUGCACGGAUGGGAACCGCGAUGGAUCGACUUGUACUUUCGAAUGUGACAGCGGGGACGGGUUCGAAGUCUACCCCAACACGACGACGGCAUCAACUUGUAACGGGACAACGUGGAUGAAGCCUCCGCCAUGCUGUAACAGGCCUUGUCCGCCUUUUGCCUUGGUCGAUGCAGUUGUCGUGUUAGAUUCAUCUAGUUCUAUUGGAGGGACCAAUUGGAGAACACUAGUAAACUUCGUGACAGGAAUAAUAGCCGGAGUGGACGUCGGACCAAAAAGCGCAAGGAUUGGCGUGUUCCGAUAUAAUGCAGACGUGGACACUACAACUCAAAUCCUGUUAAGUGACUAUCCGAACGAUAGAGCCGGGUUACUUAGAGCUAUAAGAAGAAUACCAUAUAAUGGAAAUGGCACACACACCGGACAAGCAUUAUCGCAUGUUAAUGACGUCAUGUUGGCACCGGGCAAUGGAAAUAGACCGGGUGUUCCGGAUGUGGUGUUCGUUAUUACUGAUGGUCGAUCCCAAGACGGUGUUUUGGAGCCAGCUAAUCAAAUACGUGCAACCGGCGCCCAGACGUUCGUUGUCGGAAUCCAGCCCGGCAUACAAAGAUUGCGAAUUCAAAUGGAUCAUCUAAUAGAAAUGGCGGGUUCACGAGACAAUGUAUUUGAACUUGACAGUUUCGAUGGCUUGACGUCCGAUUUUGCAAGUAUUCUUUCGCAACGAUUAUGCCCCCCGGGACCUUGCCAAAAUUAAUCCUAAUAAACAUACUGACAUAAAAUAUUCAAACUGAUAGCGGUGAUACUAACAAUUUGGCUUUAUUUCAAAGAUAAAUGUUUUUUGAACCCGCUUGUUUAUCAUGAUAUUUUUCAAACUUUCGGUGUCAUCCUAUUUCUACUAACCGGACAGCAAUAAGCAUAUUUUUAUUUUCAUAUUAAAAAUAAGACCCAAUAUCGUUAUCACGCAUGCCCCAUAUUUCUCAAUCUUGUUUUUAACAAUUAACAGCAACACUAUUUUGUAGUCUAAGGAUACGGCUAUAACGCUUUAAUAUUCUUGUUUGCUACCAAAUUGCAUGAUAAAAGAGAAUAAAAACAUGUUCCAUCUGACCCCGCCCUGCAAUAUAUUUAGAACAGCAUCGCAAUAACUUACAUCGUUUUGGGAAAUAAACAAAUCAUAUUCAGCUUA